UAGUCAAUAUAACACUCGUUACUAUUAGAGUUCAAUGGAUGUUGUCAAGAAAAAUACAGCAAGCGCCAUCUGUUCCUUGGCGGUUCUCGCGAACUUAAAGAUGGCGAGUGUUGGGGGUUCGUCGAUUUUCUUGUCGGAUUUGCGCGAGAGUCUUCAUUUCCAACUACCCACCAGACAAGAUGCGCUGGGACUCAGUUGUUUGAACUACAGUAUUUCUGCUUGACGGGGUGGUACUCUAAUCGUGCGCCAGUUAAGAGAAAAGAGCGCUUAGGAGAUUACUUCCUUUUCUGGGAGAUGUCCAUAGAAGUGUUCAGGUCCUACAACUGGUUCUCAUUCUACGACAAGGAAAAAGGCUUCUGCUGCCGAUUCCAGAGUAAAGUGUACAUUGAUCACGGGCAGAGAAUAGGAAUGAGUCCUCGGGAAUACUUCGAACAUAUUUUGGACUUCUCAAGCGCAAAUAAGUCCCUCAACUUCAUUAUGGGCCAAUAUGACGACUCAGUUUGUGCGAAUGUGAUUUCAAGAAUGGGCUUUGGAACUGGACGCUUGAGGUCAGUCGGGGUCAGACCAGGCGCAGAUUUCUUGUAUCCCGACAAUCAUGAACUCUCAAUUUCGUUUUUUCCAUACCAUGGAAUCAGAGAAAUGCUCACGUUUGAUUGGUUCAAGAAGCAAACAGUAUGCGUAGAACAGCCAUGGAUCUGCAGACGAGAUUUGGAGGCUUUGGAUGAGAGUUCAAGCCGACGCAAUCUCAUUUUUGACUCGGAAAGGAGCAGCUUCAAAAAAUCUGAUAGAAAUUCAAAUCGUUUGGCAGGUAACUGCAAAACUGGGCUCUUAUGCUUGAAUAUAAUUUAUUACAUGGAGAGACACCAUGCAGGCGGUUAA